AUGUCUAGCCCCUCGUUCUCUGAGUCUGCAGAAUUCUUGAGACAAGCUACGCGAGCUACGCUAUCUGACACAGGUGUGUUAACCAAAGGACAGACAGUCCCGACAUCAUCAAGCUCUUUAAGUUGUUGUGCUGCAGGUGCUCCCGGAGGCUCAAGCAUCAACAUAAUGCCGUAUGAAAACAUUCUUUGGGCCAAACGCGUGUCCGAGGACUCGAAUGAUAUCGAAAUCACAUAUGCAACCGAAAGAGGCAAGAGACUGAUACCAGCUACCACGGUUUUGGAUAUCGAUAAUGAAUAUGGUCAGGAAUCAGCUGACGCUGUGGUGGAGAAGAUCAUGAAGAAGGCCUAUCCCCAUUCGAAGCCUGGGAUGUCUGUGCUGAUCAUAUUGAACCCCCAUGGAGGCCAAGGCAAAGCACUCAACUUGUACCUUAAAGAGUGCAAACCGAUCCUAGAGGCUGCUAAUUGCAGAAUAGAGGUGUUGAAAACGACUUACCACCAACACGCCAUUGACAUUGGUAGAGAGAUAGACAUAGCAAAGUAUGACAUGAUAGCGUGCUGCUCUGGAGACGGAAUUCCCUACGAAAUUAUAAACGGUCUAUAUCAGCGCGAAGAUCGGGUUGAGGCUUUCAACAAGUUAAUCGUCACACAAUUGCCGUGCGGGUCGGGAAACGCACUUUCGAUAUCAUGUCAUGGAACCAUGGAACCUUCCUAUGCCACGCUAUCAGCUCUGAAGUCCCAGAUAGUCACCACAGACUUGAUGGCAGUGACUCAGGGCGAAGGCACUGAUCAGACCACAAGACUGUCAUUUCUGAGCCAAACUUACGGAAUAAUAGCCGAUGGAGACAUCAGGACAGAAUGGAUGCGUUUCAUGGGGCCAGUGAGAUUCGACAUCGGGGUCGCCAUUCAGGUGUUUUCGAACUCGAAAUACCCUUGUGAGAUCUAUGUGAAGUAUGUGGCCAAGGACAAGUCUGACCUAUCCAGAUUUUAUCAGGAACAUUCCAAGUUGCAAUAUACACACUCACACACUGGGCUGGAUGAGGGCGAUUUUGUCUUGAAAUGUCCGGGACUAGAAGACCCUGUGCCCUCAGAUUGGGAGCCAAUUGACCCAAAGCUGACUGCUAACCUUGCAAUCUUUUACACUGGAAAGAUGCCAUACAUAGCCAAAGGCACGAACUUCUUCCCGGCCGCCCUUCCCAACGAUGGAACAAUGGACAUGGUGGUCACUGAUUCGAGGACAAAUGUGCUCACAACAGCCGAGGCUCUUCUUUCCUUGGAUAAGGGGACUCACGUGUGGAACUCGGAAAUACAGCACUCCAAAAUCACCGCCUACAGAAUCAUCCCCCAUCCUCUUAGACACACCCAAUUCUCCGUGGACGGAGAACCGUUCUCCACGCAACCAUUACAGGCUGAAGUGUUGCCGGCGAUUCUGAAGACCGUGAUGAAGAAUGGCUCGUUCACGGAAACAGGAUUCUCGAAAUAUGUAUAA